UUGUAGUGUGUCCGGGUGUUGCUCCUAACUGGAACAUUUUUGAAUGCAAAACAACAUGAGCGGUUCAAAGGUGUGCAAGCAACACCGGCUACUAAAGCAGGCAGCUACUCUGGGUAGUGGCAACUUACACGAGGUCGUUAGGCUACCUGUAGGUGUAGACUUCAACGAGUGGGUAGCUGUCAACACGGUGGACUUCUUCAACCAGGUCAGCAUGAUCUACGGCACUGUUGCGAAACUUUGCACAGAGAGCAGCUGUGCUGUGAUGUCGGCUGGUCCCAAGUACGAGUAUCGCUGGGCUGAUGGCCGCACAUUCAAGAGGCCCAUCAGAUGCUCAGCCCCCGAGUACAUUGACUGCCUUAUUAAGUGGGCCCAGAACCAUUUGGACGAUGAGGCACUGUUCCCCUCCAGGGUUGGGAUCCCCUUUCCUAGCAACUUCCUGUCUGUGGUCAAAACAAUCCUGCGACGGUUGUUCAGAGUGUAUGCGCACAUCUACCACCAGCACUUCUAUGAAGUGGUGCGGAUGAAAGAAGAGGCACACCUCAACACCAGCUUCAAGCACUUCAUCUUGUUUGUGCUGGAGUUUGGGCUCAUUGAACAGGAUGAACUGGCACCUUUGUGGGAGCUAAUUGGAAAGCUCACCGGCAUGGCACUAGUUUCUUGACCCGUUCGAUCUUGCUCUUUUAUGGCAAAUCAGUUCAGCAGAAUCCCGCAAGGUGGAGAAAGGUUCAUGAAAGAAAAAGAAAUGUCAUUACAAAGCUACAUUUGGGUGGGUGACAGUUUUCCCUUUCACAUGACUCCUUUAGCUGUCUGGCACUUUCUGUGCACAUUUGAGCAGAGGAUGUUCUGAAUAUUCAUUCCCUGAAGAGCACGCCGCACCCUACUGGACUAAUGGAAGGCUGAGAAAAUGAAUUGUUGUUUGCAUCUCAGCUGGAGAAUCGGUGCAAUGCUGCAUGUUCCAAUUGUUGCAGCUGCGAUAAAUUGUGAAUGUGAAAGCUAAGGUUGCCCCACACAAAGCCAAGACAGGCUCUCAAUUAGCUCAGGCCACCAUGUUCCCCGAGUGUUUACUUGGCUGGCACUGGUUGGGUGGCUCCAAGGUCAACUAAAGAUUCUUGGUUAUGGCAGCAAUGAUGCUUUGGUGCAGCUACAUAAUCUUGAAGUUAGCUGUGAUGCCAUCUUGUUUGGUUGAAUGUGCGGCAGUGGUUGGUGGGAUUAUCAGGAUGGUUAUUGGGCCGGGUUGGUUAAGUAACACGUGAAAAGCAGAUGUGGACAGACACUGCACUGAAAGUAAUUGUGGCUAGUCUCUUGCAUUUUCCUGUUGCUGUAUGGUUCAGCAAUUGGGAAGAAUGUCUGGGCAAGACAAGGAUCCCUGUGCUGGGUGCCUGCCUGCUUCUCAAUAGCCCUGCUCAAGUGGGUCUGUGCUUGAUUCACUCAUCUGUGGUGAGCACUUGCAUGGACAUGCAACAUUGGCACUGCUGCUUCCGUUAUUACUGUCCGUCGUCUGUAUUUAUUUUCACAGGCUUUGCUUGUCACUCAGCAGGAAGGAAGCAGUUUGUUGAAAAUGACUGUUCCGGAGUGAAGCAUGGUGCUGAGGAGCAAGGCUUGCUGUAAAGGAUUUGGCAGUCUGCCAACAUGAUGUUUUAGACACCAGAGCUGUUGAAAACUUAGUGUUGUCCAUCUAUAAGUAAGAAGGGCGCCUGAUAAGGAGGGUAUUUUACAAGCAGCAGUUGUUCAUAAGAAUUGAUGACACAGCUUUUUAUCAAGGCAUGCAUGCUAAGUAACAUCCCGCUUUCAAGCCUUCUGCCUGAACUCGUGUUUGACAUGUCUCUGCAGUGACAGCAUGGAAGUGUCCCCAUAAGGCAACUGUUAGCACUACAGUGUUCUUGAGCUGUGUCACAUUCCUCCUUUCUGGAAAGCUUCAGCAGUGCAGUGCUCACAUUUCUCAAUAAACACCUCAUUCCACUUCCUUUCUCGUAUAUACAUUCACACAUAAAUGCACACAGCAACUGCAGUGGAAAGUGUGGCAUUGCUAUAUUUAUUGCUUUUUUAUUCUUUUUUGUAAACAAUAGCCCCCAAGAUCGACCCAUAAUCAAGCACCAACGCAAAAUUUAAAUCUUGUGAUGGUUGUGUUUAGUACCUAUAUAUUGUAAGCACUUUUAAUGCACUUCAUCGUUUUCAUAUGUACAUAGCCGUUAUCGCCCACAUCUUCUGUUACUUCACGCGUGAGCUGGUGCAUUUCCUUUUUGGAAUAAAAAAUGCUUGACAGCUUG